CGACAAACACCUUUUCAAGUGAACAAUAAGUGAGCUGAAAGUGAAAUGAGAGGUGGGGCAAUGAGUGUGCCCAGCAAACGCAGCAUUCCACAAAACCAGGGAAGACAUUGAAACUGGUCACCAUGUCGUCUUCCGACAAGACCCAGGCAACAGCCCCAGAUGAUCCCGCGAAGCCGAUUCUGGUCAACGGUGAAUGGUCCGAAGAAUGGAAGGAUGACCCUGAGAAUCCCGGAGCGAAUAUAGCCAAGGCGCUCGCUGACGCUGAAAGACGAUCGGCGUACUGGGAGUCUCGUGGCAUGCCAGGCAUACGACUUUCUGUCGACAAAACCAAGAUUGUGCCCAUCCAAUAUCCCAACCCGAACCCGCUCUAUCUCAAACAAACUGGGGAUAGACUCGAUACCAAUUAUAUCACCAUGAAAAGAAAAAGUCGUCCUGGACAGCCCGAGAAACCAACCUGCUACGUCAUUGAAGACGGUGAACGAGUAGGAGUAGACUAUGUCAUCGUUCCCGAGGAAGAGGUUGCUGCUCGAGAGGCCCAAGGCUGGGAAGUGUAGUACGCUCCAACCCCUCCUCUCGACACCUACAAGAACGACCAUGACAACCAACCUGUGGAGAGGGAUCCAUUGGCGCCAAUUGACUUUGUUGAUGAGAAUGGUACAUUUGUUGAGACUCUUACCAUUCCCUUCACGCGAGAACAAUUGUCCAGAGCGGCAGUGCCUUUCUCGCUGCGCGAGCACUUCAACCAGCGGGACAAUCAAAAGCAAGAGCCCCCGGCGGGCGGUAUCCCAGCCAGUCCCAAGACCUCCGACGAUAAAGUGUGAUUUGGUGCAGCUGGCAUCAUCAUUGUGCUCAAUCGGUGGAUGGGGGAAACAUCAACUCUCUAUCUCUAGUGGACGGGCCGAGCCAAGGUGACGAGCGGAAGGUGUGAUUAUGAGUUGCGGUUAGGGGUUAGAUAGUAGAGCCAAGUCUAUAACUCCG